AUGCAGCAAGUCAGACGGGCAGAGGAGAAACCCAAGGAGACAAAAACAGAGCUCCUCCUAGAGAAACUGCGCAGCCUUUUGAGUGUGGGAGAUCCUAAGCAGAAAUACAUGCUGUUGGCAGAAAUUGGUAAAGGGGCAUCGGGAAGAGUUAUCGUGCACGUGAAUCUUACACAGGACGAGAGCUACAGAGUCAAUUCUCACCUCUGGGUGGUGAUGGAAUACAUGUCUGGAGGCUCUCUGGCUGGCCUCGUUCAUAAUGUGCGUAUGCAUGAAAGACAGAUAGCAGCUGUCUGCAGGGAGUGCCUGCAAGGCCUGGCUUUCCUUCACUCAAACCAAGUGAUCCACAGAGACAUCAAAAGUGACAAUAUCCUCCUUGGAAUGGAUGGAUCUGUCAAGCUGGCUGAUUUUGGCUUCUCUGCUCACACCACCCCUGAGAAGAGUAGGAGGACAUCAAUGGUCGGGACUCCUUACUGGAUAGCACCGGAAGUGGCAAGAGAAGAACCAUACGGCCCUAAAGUGGACAUCUGGUCACUUGGCAUCCUGGCAAUAGAAAUGGUGGAAGGAGAACCUCCUUACUUGGACCAACGUCCUCACGAGGCGAUAAAACUGAUAGCCCAGAACGGAACACAGCUGAAGAACCCCGGGCAACAUUCCCUGCUGUUGUGUGACUUUCUGAACUGCUGCCUGGAGGUGGAUGAGAACAGGCGAUGGUCAGCUGAGCAGCUUCUGGAGCAUCCAUUUUUACAAUCAGCCAAGUCGCUCUCCAGUCUGACUCCUCUCAUCAUGGCGGCAAAGCAACUGAAUGAGAAGAGGAGGAGGAGACACUAG